AUGUCUGAAGACGACAUAUAUCUGCCAUCCAAUGCUAUUUGCUCAAAUUCCGGUAUUGUGGUCUAUGGCAUCAUCUUCAAGCGCCCGGUCGACCCGUCGGAUCCGUAUUCGGUUGAAUGUAUUGAACACGAAAAGGAAAUUUAUCGGCGACUCCAACACUGCGAAGGAGUCAUUCCUUAUCUGGACCUGUCCGGCCUGGUCAUUCAACUGCCUUUUAUGAAUGACGGAACGCUGAGUCGGUAUCUACAGAGCAACAGCCCGCCAAUGCGAGCUCAACAGCUCGCGUGGGUGAAGCAGAUGGUUCAUACGCUGUGCCGAAUUCAUGAUCGCCGAGUGCUAGUGAUUGAUCUGGCAUCAAGGAACAUGCUCAUCCACCCGAAUGGCUCAAUCCUCUUCUGUGAUUUUGGCACGUCGAUUCUGUUGCCGAUAGAGACGGAUAUCUGGGCGGCCGAAAGUCAUGAGUCUUCCUUCGAAACAGACAUCUGCCAGCUGGGCGCCAUCAUAUACGAGGUGGUGACGGGGCGAGAUAUUGCUGAUUACGAUCAGAUCACCGAGGAUGCUGGGGGCUGGCCCCCACGAGACAAACUUCCUAGCACUAGGGGUAUCUGGCUGGGAUCGAUUAUCGAGGCCUGCUGGACCAAAGGAAGAUUUCGAACGACGUACGAACUGGCCCAGAUGCUCGAGGAGGAGCAUACUCUAAACAGCGACGACAUUGACCAAACUCGGUUGGCUGGUAGAGACCCAAUCACCCCAGAAUUCAUGGCAGCAGAGGAAGCCCAGGCUUUAUUCGUUGGAUGUCGCGAAAAUAUUAAGAUACUUCUUGAGGACAGCUGCACCGAUAUCCAGCUACUAUAUCGCGGCCUAACCGAGUUUUUUGCACGGCCUGCUUCUGCAGAUGACGAAAAUAAAGCCUCUAUCGCCGUAUCGAAACCUCUGUCCAACAUUUCCGUACUAUUCGACAGAAGUCAUACAUCGAAACCCCACAUGGUUCUGAGCCAACCUGGAUUCCACUCGAGCCACGUCAAUGAAGAGCACCAUAGCCAGCGGCAUAUAUCCAGUCACUAUCACGGCCAUUGUGGAGAGGCUCGAAUUCGCACGCUUCAAAGCCCUUUUUCGCUGAGUUGUAUCGUCUGCGCCCAUGAGGCUCAUAGGAAAUCGCGAGGAGAUUUAGACCCUCCCCGGCGACUGUCCUCGACAGAAGCGGAGACCCUACAUGCGAUCAAAACCUGGAAACCGGUCCCAGAGUUGCUCUACUUGCCGCACGCUUUGGCCGCCGCAGAGAGCGCUGAGUGGGAAUCAUCGACGCCCGCACCGCGUUUACACUGUUUGUUCAGCGUAUAA